UGUUCACUACAGUCUUGUAUUUGUGAAAAGUUAAGCCUCUCCUUGCACUGCAAAAUCAGAAAAUGAAAAUGAUUUUUCAACACGAUAAAAGCUUAGUAUUUUAUUUGGUGAUAUAUACAAUUUUUCAGGUUGUUCAAGGUGCACCGCUGACAAACGGAAACGGGACUAAGCCUGGAGAUUUGAACGGUGUAAAACUGAUUGAGUUUGGAAUAAAACAAAACUUGCCAAAAUUGCAACUAAUUGGAAAGGUGAUUGAAAAUAUUGAACAGAAGGUUGAAAACCUGUGUGAUCUUCAUCCUUGCUUGGAAUGGACUGAAUGGAACGAAUGUAAUGCUGAUCGUGGUCAAUUUGGUUCCAAAUUCCGAACACGUCAAUGCAGUGUCAAUAUGACAGCAUGUGAAAUAGAUGCUACUAACAGUAGGACGGAGAAAGGGGUUGGAGUCUGUAUCGGAUACUGUCCUAACGACUAUAAUAUGACAAAGAACAGAUUUUGUGUAAAGGUGUAUGAUGACUCAGUGCGUACUCAAGAUGCCGCUGAGCAUCAGUGUCAGAAAGACGGUGGGCAUCUGAUAAAUGUCGAUUCAGAGGAGAAGUACCAGGAUCUGAACAGUGUAAUACACGGAUUAAGUAAGGCUGUCUGGAUCGAUGGAAGAAGAAAGGAUGUUGGUUCUCCCUGGGAAUACAAGUACGGCUCACAGAAAGGGUUCUUCAAAUGGUUAACGGGACAACCAAGUGAUGGUUCAACUGAACUUUGUUUAAAAUUGUACGAUCACGGUACCUGGUUAUGGGGAGAUAACUCAUGUACAAGUUCUUACUAUAGCGUGUGUGAAGUAACUACUACUAUCUCACUGAGUUUCGACAGGGUUCCAUCCAUCUAUACAGAUACACAUUACUCGUGUGUCCCCAAAGGCUACCAUUGUUUACAUACGUCAGGUCACCAAGUGUAAAACGUGCAUUUUCUCCGUAGUGAAAAGUGUGCCUUGUGAUGCGACGUUAGAACAUCUGCUAUUCAAACAGCCGCCGUAAAAUUGACAAAGGUCUCUUUAAUUACAGUUUUACAACUGAUUAAUAGCAAUAGAGUUACUUCAAUUUCAUGAUAAAAGAAUUCCGCUUUAGCGGGUGCUAGGAACAUAAGGAUCUUUGCUUUUUCCAUUACCCAAACAAAAAAAUAAUUUAACAAACAACUAAUUCUAUAUCAAUUCUAUACUAAUUCUAUACUGUUUAGUAUACUAUUACAGUAUAGAAUUAGUAUAGCAUUGUAUUGUAUACUAUUUGACCGUCAAUAGUAUACUCUCUCAUAAACAAUGAUGAGUAUACCAUUAGUAUACUAUUAUACAUUGUACCCUGCUUGUGUAUAUCAUUAGUAUACCGUUAUACUUUGUAAAAUAUGGAGUAUACCAUUAGUAUACCAUUAUACUUUACCCUGCAAGACUUUAGAAGAAUCUGAAUUUUUUCAUACCUAUCCCUGGUAGAUUAUGUCACGGGAACAAUUGUAGAAAUAAACAAUUAUUUUUGGUCUUCUCUGCUUUGUUUUAUUACAGACAGAAAUUUACAGCCUUCUGUAAUUAAGGGGUUGCUAGGAUAUUUAUUAUUAAUGUGGGGUCUGAGUGCAUUCUCUAAUAAGUUUUAUAAGGAUUAAGAUGUUAAACUGUGGUGAUUCAAAUGGUUUUUAAAGAAAACUCAUGCAGGUUUGAUUUAUUAUCUUUUUAAAAUUGUUAUUAUUAAUCUUCUAAUUAAUGCAACAGUUUUUGUUGUUGUUGUUGUUGUUGUUAUUGUUUUAGAUUCGUCCAUCUUUCUUAUUUUCUUACAGCAGUAAAUUUUGGAAACAUUUACAGCAAUGAAAAUGUAAGAUAUUUUUCAAUCAAAGAAGUAUAAAAUACAUUUUUUUUUAAUAUUCACUAUGUUUAAAUGUACAAGCUGCAGAUCUCGAAAUCUGACACCAGCUGACGUCGAGGUAAACACCCCGGAUACCUGUAGGUUGUAGCCUAAACCUGCAUGGUAAGCAGAUUGUUCCAGCCGAAACAUUUUCUUGUAAAAGCAUCAAAUUACACUAAAUCAAAAUAAAAUAUUCAUGUUUGAAAGGGUAAUAAAAUUAUUUACAAUA